AUGGCAUUCCUCGUCUACCCAUCGCUGAAUAUCUAUCUAUCUAUCUAUCUAUCUAUCUAUCUAUCUAUCUCUAAUAUCUCUGCCAUUCCCCCCUCUCUCUCUCUCUCCCCCUCUCUCUCUUUCUCUCUCUCUCACUCGCUUUCUUUCUCUUUUAUAGAAUCGACUAAAGAAUGGAGUUUUAUUCGUUCUUCCAUUUCCUUUAUUUUAGCUUCAUGGCGUCUUUCUUUCCACCUCGUUCUUAUAUUUCUCUACUGCGUUCUUUUUCGUCAUUAUGAAUUCUAUUUCUCUCUUAUUUUCACCAACUCCUUCUUUAUCUUCUUCGCUAUUCUUUCUUGUCUAUUCUUUUCUAUUUUCUUUAAUUUAAUCACGAAUCCUUUUCCUGGUCUGUUACAAAACUGCAAACUGUUCACAUUUAUUAAAAUCAUUCUUCCUCUUCCUCUCAUUCUCCUUUCCUUCUCCUUCUACAUAUCUUUUCAUUUUUCCCCUCUUCUUCUUCUUCUUCACCCCUUUUCUCUCUUUUUUCCUUUAUUUUCAUUCCUCUCUUCUCAGUCUUCCUUUUUUCUCAUUCUUCCUCUCUUCGCAUUUUCCUUUUCUCAUUCUUCUUCUCUUAUAAUUCUCCCUUCCUUCUCAUUCUUCCUCUCUUUUUAUUCUUCCUUCUUUCACAUUCUCUUUCUCUUCUCAGGUUUCCUCUCUUUUCACUCUUCCUCUCUUUUCAAUCUUCUCUUCUCAUUCUUCCCCUCUUUUCAUUCUACCUCUUAUCUCAUCUUCAUGUACCCACAGAAACAAACUGGCAACGUAUAUCUGCAUUUUCUUCAAAUAAAACAAGCCUCAUUUCAUUUCCUUCCUUCCUUCCUUCCUUCCUUCCUUCCUUCCUUCCUUCCUUCCUUCCUUCCUUCCUUUUCUUUCUUUCUUUCUUUUUUUCUUUCUUCCUCCCUUCCUUGCUUCCUUUCAUCCAUUCAUUCAUUCAUUCCUAUCUAUCUUUUCUGGUCUUUCCUCCCUCCUUUAAUACAUACCUACUUAAAUACUUACAUACCUAGCUAUCUAUCUAUCUAUCUAUCUAUCUAA